AUGAAUGCGAACAGAAAGUGGAAUCCUGACAAGGACGACUGGCCCAAGAGGUCGAUUACCUAUGGCCAGUUGAAAUAUCGACUGGACAACCGCGCCGAGAAGAAGGGACCUCCGGUCGUACUCCACAACACCCAAGACAUAGGAACUGAAGAGUUCCCGGAGCCGGUAACUCACUGGAUAGAGAACUGGGCUGGUCGUUCCAGCGAAGUCUCCCUGAAUGUGAUCAAAGGCACCGAGAAGCUUUGCAGGGAGGAGGCUAAGGACAUUGGUUUCACCUGUGUCAUCAUCAGAUCAGGCAUCCAUACAAAAACGAAUCAGUACAACGAGGAUGGAACCGUCCUGACAGAAUUCAACGCCAAGAGCGGCAUGUACCAGAACGUUGUGGCGGACGACGACCCACAUAUUACCGUCUAUAUGGGGUUCGGUUUAGACGAAUUAGUUGUCCAGGGACACAUCUAUAUUGUGUGGGAUGAGAAAGCCCUGUUCAACAUGCGCCUUGUCAAAGACCCCCAGCGAGAGCGCAAGAUUGUUCUCGAGGGACGGGAAAAGGUUGCCUCGGAGUAUUGGCUUAUCUGA